AUGACUACUUUUAAGCGCCCUCGCCUAGAUGGCAUGACAUCGGCUUCUUCUCUAAGCUAUGCUAAGGAAUUGGACAAGUGCCUCUCAGACUACUUGCAGCAGAUAUGGGAACGGAUUAAUGCUUGCGACGAAACAAUGAAAAAUCACAUUCUUCAAUUAAGUAUCUUUGAAAAAGGAAUUCCUAUUCCUCUUACUACGAUAAGUACAUUCUGGGAAAUGUCUGAGGAUCUGCUAUUCAUUCAACGAUGUCAAGUGAAAUGCCAGCAACGGUGGCAUACUUUAACAGACGACGGUUAUAUGCAUCAGCAACUUGUUAACCAUGCUAUUGCCGCCAAUGAUUUUAAAACUGUUAAUGAUUUACUGACUAAUUUACAUUGGAUUGAAGUUAAAUUUAAAGCUUGUCAUUGUUUAUCUGAUCUACUACGCGAUUAUGAUAUUUGUGAGGGACGGCUAGACGAAAGCGAUUGGCUUAAAAUGCAACCAUUUGCUCAGCUAUUUCGUCAAUAUGGGUCUUUCCUGGAUAUUGGAAAAGAUGAUCUUAUACAAUUUACAUUAGAACAUACUGCCGAUAAUGAGCUUCAUCAUCAAGCUUGGCAAAUGGCCAUGGAACGCCAGGCAAUGAAAAUUGGUCGGACCUACUUUGAAUUAAAAUACCAAAAUGAAAUUCGCGUAAAGCCACCAUGGGAACAGUGCAUCCAUUUGCCAUGUACAUUAAAUGAACGUCUGCGUUUGUAUAUCCGAUGCUCUAAUCCUGAGUUUGGGAAGCUUAGAAUGGUAACAUGUACAGAUAGAGAAAUUUACGUUACCGAUUUCAAUAAAAUAGUUACCUUCAAUGCAUAUAGAGGCUGUUCUGCUAAAAUAUCUCCAAAUGGUAAAAUCAUUGCAUACGUGUGGCAUAUUGAGAAGCAAGUGUGGCUACAUUUUGUAAGAGUAACACGAAAAGCAGACAAACCUUCUCCAUUUCUAAAAUGCAAUGAGAUUGAAUUCUCUCCGAAUGAUAAUGAUGUUAUUAUUUCAUGGAAUGGAAGAAAAGUGCAGGUUUGGAAGUUAGUUGAUGAAAUCUUCCAUUCGGAUAAAACUUGGAUUGCUCAUCAUAAUGACAUCUUGCUCUGCCAGUUUGUCGAGGGCGGUCAAAAAUUAAUCACUUGGUGCUUGUUUAAGCAACAGUAUACCCCACUUAACGAUCCUGGUCAGUUCAUUCCAAAGGCAUUAGGACUAUCUUGGAAUACUGAAUUGAAGGUUUGGUCUACCGAAAACUAUAGAGAAUUACAGAAGAUUAAGCUAAAAUAUACCUUGUUUAGGAAUCAGUUUGUAGGAUUACCGACAGUUCUCUUCCAAUUUGAAUGCACUAAAUACGUUAAUAACGAUUUAUUACUCGUCGACUGUAGCAGUUCCGUCAGCGAUCAUAAAUAUUACACCGUACCAUUACAUGAUUACAACGAUAAAAAUGGAAUAGUCAUAGAAAACUGUCGACCACCGUCAGAGUAUCAAUGCCAAUAUCUUGAUAAUAUGGAUAAAGUAUCUAUAUUUGAUAACGGUAAAGGCUUGGCAGGCUUAUAUUUGCAAGAAAUUAAGAUUUAUUUAUAUGAACGUAAUGGAAUGGUACCCUACCAGACCAUCGAUUUAGGUGCCGAUAUUUUAUGGCGAAGUUUUCAAUUUGUUCCUGGUGCGGACAAUAGAUUUAUUUUCGCCGAUACGGAACGAUGCUACUUAGUUGCUAUUAAAGACGACAAGGAUCCAAAGCAAAGUAACCAUUCAAUUCCUGCUGUAUUUGGCGACGUACAGUGCCAACGUCUUGAAUUUAUUGAUGGUGUUAUUGUGUGCGCCAAAAUUAUAUCAACGACUGAUGGAGAGCGAUUUCUACAGGUUUAUAAAGGAGACGAUUUUCAAUUGAUAGAUCAAACUAUUUUGCGACAUGGUCGAAGAGCUGAUGUUGGCGUUAAUUGCCACUUAUUUAAAGAUUGGAAUUACGUAGCAAUCGUAUAUUUUAUCGAACAACGCCAGGAAUCACGACUCUAUUUUUCAAUUACGUUGAAAGAUUUAGAUAACCUAUCAGAAGAUAUGUGGACUGUUCAUCACAAGUUGAAGUUAGAUAAAUUUCCCGAGAUGCAUUACUAUAAAUAUCGGAAGAAGGAUAAUAGACUGAUUAUAUAUAGAUCUCGCACAAACAUAUACGCCCUGGUAUGGAUCUUAAACUGUAGUAAUGGAGAAACAUUGGCUACAUUUUAUAUGAGAUCCUGCGAUACCAUGAAAAUUAUGCACUUAUUUAAUCGCUAUCUGAUAGCAGCCUCGGCCGGUGGUCAAAUUCAUACGGUCUGGAAAUUAGAUUCUAAUUCCAUUGAAAUACUGGAAAAAAUCCAACCAGAUUUAAAUGAUAUCAGUCUCUUAUCUGUGUCUCAUGUUGAUAUUACUGAUACUGGUCCUAAAGUUCAAACAAUAUCAGUUCCGAAGCAUAAUGAAUACUUCGAUGGAUGGCAUAUAGAAUUUGAAAAACCGAUGACUAAGAAUGGCGUAGAAAUUUAUCGGGUUGAAAAUGAUCAACGGCAGCUAAUUCAAAGCAUGACAAAUUUGAGCGGACAAUCUUUAUUUAUCGUUCGAAAUGGGAAGGAUUUUACGGCAUAUAAUAGUAACAACAAUCUUUUAAUGAAAGUCUACCGUGGAAAAUACUGCUACCCUAGCCAACCAUUGGAAUAUGAAGUCCAGCUAUGGUCCGAUAAUGAUCAUACUCUAGCUACAUAUUAUGACGAAACUAUCCGACUUUAUACCAUCGAACAUGAACAUUGGUUUCAUACCAUCCAAUCAAAAGAGUUAAAAGAUCUGAAAUUUAUACAAAUUAGUAAUGAAUUCAGUCUAUGGGCCUAUAAAACCUUGUGCUCCUGCCCUUACUAUAUCAAGCCUGUUUUACCUUCAUUAGCAUUUAGACAACAAAAAGUUCGCUUCAAUGAAGGAGAUUUGAUCAAUCAAGGCUAUUCCGAUGAAAUCACAACUGUAGCAGAUGUUCAUACUAGCUGCCAACUUGAAGAAAAUGCUCAGAGUAUAUCUAAAAAUACGUUUCAAAGUCAAGAAACUGCUCAAGACAAUCAAGAAGAUGUACCACAUCAACGCCCUUUGCUUAGUGGGGAUAAUUUGAAAACGUUUGCUCUAGAAAAAACAUCUGAACUGUUCGUCCCUUUUUUUCAAUUUGAAAUUAAUUAUUCAAUGCCAGUCUAUUGGCAGAAAUCUAAUUCCAAGCCUGAAAAUGCUUUAGACAUUGAAAAAAAGACAGUAAAGACCCCGUUUAAUUUUAAGCCGAAAAAGGCAGCAGAAAUUGAUUGGACAACAACAAUGAAGCAACAAUUUAAUUCUAAGCCAGAGAAUGAACUGGAAAUUGAAGAAAAGAAAAUGGAACAAUUAUUUAAUUCCAAGCUUAGAAAUGAGCCAAAAGAGGAUUGGCUGUCAAAUAAACCACUACAAAAGUCUAAGGAAGAAAAUACACCUGAAAUUGAAUGGAAAACACUGAAGCAACAUGAAGAAAGUGUUCGUAAAUUUGAUAAGAAUACUACACUUCGACGAAAUGAGGGGAAUGAAACGUCUGUUAUGAAAUUGCUUGAUCUGCUAGACGAGGAAGGAGAAAUUCCGGUAGAUGUUUUACCUCUUCAGACCAUAUUCUUAAUUAGCGAUGAGGGAAAGGAAACUUUGGCGGAGAAUUUACCUAUUCUGACAGAAGAGGAAAAGGAAGCUCCAGUAGAGAAAUUUCCUGUUUUGGGGAGCGAGGAAAAGGAGUGUCCAGUGGAAAAAUUACUAGAUAUGACCCAUACUUUUGAAGAAAAUACACAAGAUGGCCGCAUCAAUAAUGAAAAUACACAAGACAAUAUCGUUAUUAAUAACGACAAUAUGCAACAUUGCCACAUUAAUAAUAAAGAUAUACAAGAUAGCCAUCCUUAUAAAGAAAAUACUCAACAGCGAAGAGCUUCCGAAAUCAGAAAAAGACAAAUUAGUUAUUAUUCGGUAAUUGAAAUCAUUUAA